GUUGUGUUAGUAGGAGGUAUUCACGAUAACGCGGUUAAUUCACUGACGUGUUUCGUUCAUUCGUUGCCCGACAACCAGAAAGAGUUCGAACUCCGAGCGCCUGCCGCCUGGGGUAAUGACAAUUGAUAACAGUAUUCAGUACGUGCUGAUAACGCGAGUGGUCUGAUUGUUACUUAGCGGAGUUUUGCGUCGUUAGUUCCGAUUUUGAAUUAAAAUAAAAGAAAAUGAAUCGUAAUAAUCGUUCAUAGACACCAUCGACAAACACGCUCGUCCAUAAGCUUAAGACAUAAAUCGUUCUCCUGAUUUCGUUACAAUGAACUACAGCGAAUGUACUGCAAAAUUUUAUUUGAUGACGAAUGACCGUUACGAUAGCUUAUUAGUUGCUGUCACAGCAUCGUUCGUAAUUUGACAGAUAAAGCAUUUAUCGUUCGAUAAAUCUACCGGUAAAUAUCCAUAAAAAUGUUACUACAAAGUGCAAAUUGUGUUUUUAUGCUGGUGAUUAAUAUAUGCCUCUACAUGAGCGUCGUAUGUUUCUUCUCAUCGUCCAGUUCAAUUGUCAACAGCCGUAUCGACAAUACCUGGUUGAAUGAAGUAAAUAUUAUUAAUGUAAUUUUAUGUUUUCCUUGUAAUUUACUAAACGUGUUAUCGUACGGUCCGAUACAGUAUUUAUGAAAGAAACGUGAUGUUCUGGGUAAUUGUAUCGAUAAGUAGGUCAUUUUUUUAUAAUUUAUUAGUUUUACCAUUUUUCUUAAAUUUUUCUAUUGGUACAUAUAUAGAUCAAUAAUUAGUUCAGUGAUAUUCUCCAGUUUAAUUUUUUUUUUUUUAUGGAAUUUUAUAAAUUAGGGAUAAACUCAUUUGAAAUGUAUAGAAUGGCAAAAUGCUCUAAUUGAAGUAUGUUUAUAAUAUAAAAAGUUACUUCAUACAUUUGUCUAAAUUUGUUCAUUGUCAUUCUAACUGAUAAAUUAUCUCUUUUGACAUAAUAAAUAAAUAAAUACAUUACUACUACUUGACUGGAUUUUAAAUGAUUUAUUGUUUUAAGGACAUUAAUUUACAAUUUUUAAAAAACAAAUUGAGAGGAUUGGUCAUUAGAUGGUCAAAAACACUAAUAUAAUACACAAAUGUUUAAAAAAAUGCUGAAAAUAGUAAAUUAGAUAUUACUAUCUAAAUAUUUAUUUUAGUAAUUAGAUGAGGAAUUAUUGCUGAUUUUUAAUCUUUUAUCUUAUUAUUUAGUUUUUAAUUUAAAAAUUGCAGUUCAAAAUACUUAUGUCUUGACCUAUGUAUUAAAUAUUAUUGAGUUAUUAUGUGAGGAUAUUUUUUUUUUAAUUUUACUUAAUGUUUAUUUGUUAAUAUAUUAUUAUAUUUUAAUUGUGUCAACUGAUGUGUUAGUUUAACCGGUGUUUAGUGCUGUUGUAAUUAAUUUCUUCAGUACCUAUGUACAUCAGUUAGUUUUUGUUUUUAAUAUAAGUAUCUGUAUGACUAUACAUACUUAAAUAUUUGUUAAUAUAAGAUUUUUUAAAAAAAUAGGUACAUAAAACAGUUUAAUAUUUUAAGUCAAAAAAUAAUGUAUACAGUUACAUUUUCAUAAAUUCUGUAAAAAGUACUUACAUUUUAUAAAAUAUGCACAUUUGGUAUGUAUCAAGUGUUAUGAUUGUGUCUUAUCUUGGUAUGAUAAGUUGAAUUGACGUUUUAAUUGUAUAUAUUUUAUAAUAUAAAAUAUUAUAAUGUUUUGCACUGCCUCAUGGCCCUCAUACAUUAAUUGCAUUUAGAUGUCUCCAUUUUUAAUAUUUGAAAUUGAAAUUGGAAAAAAUAAAUUUAAUAUUAUAAGGGUAUAAAUUAAAAAUUAAAACAAAUCCAAUCAGAGGUAAAAUAUAGGCUUUACUAUAAUGUGUGUUUUUUGAUUUUAUAAGUAGUUUUCAUUAUAAUUGUAAAAAACGUAUAGGAAAUAAGACUAACAUACUUUGCACGUGGGCGGGCAUCUCUGUUAAAGGUUGAAAAUUGGGAAGGUAGGAUAUAGACGGGAAUUCAAUGUAAGCAACAAUUAACCAUUGCUAACAAAAACAUACGAUUCUGAGCGGAUUGUUUUGCUUUUUAAACAAUAUUUAUGUCAUAUUAUGGUAAAAUAAUUAAUAAUAAUUAUAUAUGCAUUAUAUAUUUUCUUUAAUAAUAUUUAUUUAAUAUUUUAUCGAUUUUCCCGUUUUCCCAUGUUUUCUCCCGGAUUAUCACAUUUGCUUAAAAAUCUCUUAGAAAAAUCGAAAAAUGACCUCCCUAAAGUACAUUCGUAGUCAGAUUUUAUUUCAGAAAAAUUGCUACACUUGUAAAUCGGAUUAAUAUUGGUACCAAUCUGGUAAACAAAUUGUUCACAGAAAAAAAACAUCAUUGUUUUAUGUAUAUAAAUCAUAUGUAUAUGUCAUAUGCCAUAUGUCAACCAUAAGCUCCACUCAGAAUCUAAAACUGAUAAAUUAGUUUAAAUUUGAAGUUUCAUUAUUUUCGAUUUUUUUAAAUUUUAUUUUUCUACCAAAAUUCUUGUACCAAGUUUUAAGAUUAUUAUCUUGUACAAAAGAAAAUGUUGUCUAGUUACUUCGUAAGAUAACCAUUUUUUGAUUUUCUGUAUGGUAAUUAAUAAUUGUGAAACAGGAAAGUUAACAGUUUUAUUAUUUUUGAUUUCGGUUUUUUUUUGUCGUAAUUUGGUUAAAAAUCAUUUGAACAAUAUCUAUUUAAUAAAGAUUUUUAAUUUUAAUUUUAACAUAUAAAAAGUUUACUUUGUCUCCGAAUAAUUUGAAUUUUUAUCAUCACCCACUAAACGAUAAAUAAAAUAAAAUUAUUUUGUGAAUUAUGGUAGUUAUAUGAAUACAUUUUAAAAGCGUGUACAUAUGAUUCGAAAAGUGUUUAAUUUUCAAAUAUUUGUAUUUUAAUUAAAUUGCUGUACUUUGUUAAAAAAACUAAAAAUAUUUUUAUUUACAAACUUUAUUUUAUUAUUUUCGAAAAAAUUGAAGAUAGCAAUUUUACAGAGUUUGUUCUUCUGAAAUUGUUGAUGUUCCGACUUUUUUUUUUUUAUUAAAUUCGUAAAUUCUAAUAAUUUUUCGAAAGUUCAAAGAAAAGAUUUUUUUUUAAGUUUUGUACCAAAACAUAAAAAAUUAAUUAAACAUAAAUAUUAUAUUCCUUAUCUUCAUGAAUAAUAUUACAUAAAAAAAACAAAACAGAAUUUGAUUAUCUUUAUUAUCUCCGGAGAUAUUUUUGCAAUAGGUAUAUAUAUCUAGGUGUGUAUAUCGCACUGACAUUAGGUAUACGCAAUAAUGUGCAGAAUAUUGUUUUUUAUUUCUAAGUAAAGCCCAACAAUUUACUGUACUGAUCACCAUUAAUCAUCACCGAAUUUCACGCCACUGAUUUAUACUACUAGGAGUUUUUAUUUAUUCGGUUAUAGUGAUUUCGUGUAUUAUAUUAUAUGUAUUCUUACUAAAUAUAAAUAAUUGAACGUUCAGUAGGAUAUGAUAUUCAUUUUUUUCUCAAAUCGUAACUACAAUUCGCAUAAUGUAACGGUAGAAACCAACCUUGGCCUUGUGAAUGGAUGAUCCGGUGAGUGGAUCAUGGGCAGCGCUAAGAAUUUAUGAUUUAACUACACUAUAGUUUCACUCCCUCCUGUAUAAUGUUGAUCAGAUUCGAAUAUGCCAAUAAUGUAAUUUUUGCAUGACGUGUUACCGGUCAAAUGCUGGUAGUAGAAACUUUCGAAUGUUCUAUAUAAAAUACGUUUUUUUUUUUUUUAUAUACAUUCAUAAAACUCGUAAUUUUUUUCAUUUUAAAGCCUUAAAAUUGUUAUACAAGUUUGAAAGCGUUAUUUAAAUUAUAUUUUGAAAAAUGAAAUUUAAUUUCCUAUAGGUACUUACUGUAAAACAUUAGUUUCACAAUUUAGCACAAUAUUAUAUUUUAUAGGCAGUUUAGAUAGAUGCUUUAGUUUGAUGAAAUGUUUAAUUUUGAAUUUAAGACUUAUACAAGACGGAAACAAGAUUCUUCUUACAAAAUUCUUAAUACGUAAUAUUCGUUUUUUUCCAAUCUAACUGUGAUAAUAUUUUUAGUUUAAUACAAUUUUCUAUGUAGGAUCUGACAUUUUAUAUUUUAAAACAACGUCGUGGGUAUAACAUAACCUUGUGUUAUUUCAAUGUUAUUAUGUAUAUUGUAUAUUGCAUAAAUUAUAUAGAUAUUUGAAAAUGUUUUAUAGCACAAUUUUGUCUUUACGAGCACUCGAUAUUUGAAAAACGAAGAGAGUGCGUAAAAACUUGGAAUGUAAAAAUUUGAAUGGUACAAAGCUGGAAUAUUGUAUUUUGAAAUUCGUAAAAAUCUGAAUGGUAAUAAAAAAUUGGAUGAUGGAGAAUUAUACUUGAAUAUUUAAAAAAAGGUUCUUUAUAAAUUGUACUUACUGGUCGUUUUUUUUAUGAAAAACCAUUAUUAAGAAAGUUAUGGAAGUUGGAAGUUUGUCGAUUACGCUAUUACCUUAAAUACCUAGUUGAUUCCUCGCGUUUGAUCGUGACUAAUUAGGUAACGCGUUGAGUCGUAGAACCUGUGGUCUAAGGUUUAAUCGACCUAUCUAAACAAAUUUUUGCAAAGUUUGACUUUUAAAUUUUGGUUUUUGUUUUUAUGAGCAUUAAAAACCAAAGUUUGACGGAAACCAUAAAAGUUGCGGCAUUUCAAGAUAUGUCUUAUCGAACUUCGCUUUGAACUGUUUUUUCGUUAGCGACGGUUUUUCGAAUAUCAGUACUUUUUUAAAUAUUAAAUUCCAAAUUUAUACCGUCCAGAUUUUUACGGAUUUCAAAAUUUUAUACUCCAAAUUUUUACCGUCCAGGGUUUUAUAUUUCAAGUUUUUACGUGGACCUAAAACCAAUACAGUAACAGAGAUUUGUUUAAAAUCGUUUUUUGUGUGAGACAAAAUGUUUAAAACAUUUGAACCAUUUUUGAGAUAUUUUAUAGACGUUUUAAUUUAUCGUGUUUUUUUACGUAAAUUUUAUUUAGUUGGUACACUGUGGAUAAAUUGGUAGACUAAAUAAAAAUGUUUGCAAAUUUAAAAGGAUGUUUAUUAUAGUUUUUACUUAGUGGUAAAAAAAAAUAAAAAAUUGAGUAUAAUGUAUUACUUUUUUAUGAGAUCUUUAAUAUUACAUUUUGAUCGUAAAUAAUCAUAAAUAUUUUAAAACAUGUAUAACCGAACUUCGCUCAAAAUUAUUUUUCCAUUAGCAAAGGUUUAUCGUUGCUUACUGAUAUAAAUUAAAGAACUUUAUGUUAUCUACUUUUCCAUCUUCCCACCUUCAACAGUGGCACACCCGUUACUGUAUCGUACGUAUCUACCCGAAUAAAGUAUUGGAUCAGUUCUUUCUAAAAUUUGUUUUUUUGUUAUUCAAAGAAAAAUAUUCUCGGGGACCUGAAACUUUCACCGAAUAUCCUUAGCCUAUAGGUGUAUUGAGAUGAUUUUCUAUAAGGGGCUACAGUCCUUACAAAAUUGUUAACAUACAUAAUACAUAUACAUACUCGUGGGUGCCGUUAAUUCCACAGUCCACACCCCUUAAUAGUAUUAGGUUAUUUAAACGCGAACGUAAAUAGGAUUUUGAGAGUCUAUAAUCUCUGAAAUAUAAAGUGCUUUAUAAAUUGUAAAAUUAAAAAAAAAAAAAAAAUUGUACAUUAUUAAUCAACAGUGAUUUAACAAUAAUAUUUAAAGUAAAUAAAUGAAUCGAUGCGUCGCCUGGAGAAUUAUGAUAAGUGUAUUAUACGACUGGUUUCGAUUAAUACACUUAUAAUACUCCAAAAAUAUGAUAUUUUAAUACAUAAAUGUAAUAACCAAUAUUUAUUUCAUGGGAGGCAAGUGCCCCAUCUUGCCCCCCUCUCCACGGGUGCCAAUGUUUGGAGUAUAGAAAAUAUAGGUAUCAUAUUCGGUUUUAAAUUAGGUAUUACCUUAUAUUUUUUUGAAUUUCUUGGAAUUCAUCAAAAAGACACUUCUCACAACUCAUUAACAUUUAUUUUUAUCGACGAUCUAGAAUAUAAUAAGCCUUUGGUGAAUUAAAAUAUACAGAUUUUUGUAAAAUAAAAAAAAAAAGGUCAACGAAAAAAAAUUUGUCAUUUUUCAAAGAAUUAGGGAACUGUUAUGGGGCUAUAGCCCCCUUAGUCCACCAAUUAUAAGCCUAUGCGUACACAAGACAUAGACGAGGUAAAAUUUUCAAAAUAUUCUGGCAUUAUUUGUAUAGUUAUAGCUAUUUCAAAUUUUCGAGUUUUUAUAUUUUUGGUUUUAUGUUAAUAAAACAUUUUUAAUUUAUUUUUAUCAACGUUUAAAUUAAUGAUAAUUUAUCUUGUGAUUACAAAUUAAUACCAUGUUCAAUUUAAAAAUAUCAAAACACUUUUGAAAUCAUUUAUCGUUUGCAAUGAUUUAUUGUCACAUACACUAAACAUAAACCAAAUCGUCCUAUACUAUACCUUCCCAAUUUUUAAAUUUUAAAUCGAUUAUUUAUUAUAUAGAUAAACAAAGAUAGAAAUAAACGUGGAAAAUAUAUGUUUGCUCAACAUCAUUAUAUUGUAUAUUUUCGGGAUAUUAUUAUUAUUAUGUGACUCAUGUGACUCAUAAGGUCUCAAACACUGCUUUUUGUACCUACAAGUUUUUUUUUCUUGUCCCAAAUAUUGCAGCGUUUAGUCGAUUAGUCAAAUGUUUAUAAUUUAGUAUCUAUUUACCAAGUUUUUAGAUGAUACAAUGUACGAAGCGAAAAACGUUUAUAUUUAAUUCUAAUUUUAAAAUGUACAUAACACACCGUAAACAUCCAUUAUUUUUACGUUUUUUAAAAGUAUUUACACAAUUUCAUAAGUUUUUAAAUUGUUAAAUAUAGUACAUUUUUAGUGACGUGUAAAAAUCGAAUUAUUUUUGUAUAUAGGCUUCUGGUACGCGUGGGAAAUUUUGCAACGUUUUUCAUUUUCGUAAAAUACAAUUUAGUCCAUUAAUAUUGUUAUAGUUUUAUGAGUUAUGUAUUGACGUGUGACUGAAGUUUCCAAAAUUUAAAAGAAACUCGAAAACGACAGAAUUUAAAAUUGCAUUAUUAUUAUUAUUAUUAUUAUUAUUUUAAAUAUUGGUUAUUCGAUACCUCGAAAACUCUGAUACUUAAGAUACGGUAUUAAAAUCUAGGGAAUUUAUGGUAUCGAUUUCGAUAUUUUCUUUUGCUUAAAUGAUUAGUGAUAACGUGAUCAUCACGUUGUGAUUAAUUAAUUGAGAUUAAAUAAAUUAGUAUUUUUGUUGUUGUGUAAUGUGUUUUUACAUUCAAAUUCUAAAUAGUCGCUUAAAUAGUGUUUUGUAAUAUAGUAUUGUGUUAAAGCGAUUAAGUAAUUAAUUAAAUAUAUUUUGCUUUUUUAAUUCCUGACCAUCCUUAUACCUAUUCAGAAUCGAGUGUUGAAUAUUUAAUUUUAAUCUAUGGUAUCGGUCAUAUUUUAUUUGUACCAUCAAUAUUUUACCUAAUACCAUAAUAAUUUUUAAUAUUACAGAUAUUUAAUAAUCUAAUAAAUUGUUUUUGCUAAUUUUCUACGUCAUUUAUAAAACGAAAAUCCCACGGGCGAUAAUAAUAUUACAUCGUAUUUUAUUAUAUUCGUAUUAUUAUUCGUUAAUAAUAUAAUCGGUACUCUUAUGAAUGUACCACGUCCACGUUUUGAAAUAAGAUUUCAAUAUACAAUACAUUAUACCAAUAUAUAUGCUUAUACACAAUCAAAUUUACAUUAUAUUAUUAUCAUUUUUAUUUAACUAAAAUCGUGAUCCAAAAUGUAUUAUAUGUAUUUUUUUAUUCGCAGUGUACCUACUUCUAUACUUCUAUAAAUGUUAAAUACAUGUAUUUAUUUUCAAAUAAUACUACCUAUACUUAUAUAUUUUUUAACACUAUCUAUAUCUAUGUCUUAUAAAACUAAUAUCAAAUAAAUUUAUUAAUUCCUCUAUGUAAAACAAAAUAUUAUCUGGCACAAAACAAGAUCCGAACCGAUUGAUAUAGUCGUGCUAUAAAUAGAAAAAAAAAAUCGGUAAUCUGUACCGAAGACACGCGUAUAAAUUAUUUUAUGUUAACGAAAUACCCAAUACCAAGAUAACACUUGAAUUAGAUAAUUCAAUUUUUUUUUCGAAAAUGUACUUAUCGACGGCAUUUUAAUUUAAAGGAAACAAAUUCUCUAUAAUACUCAAGCCCGAUAAUCGGGGUAUUUUUUGUAACUGCUCCAGGACGAUUUCAAAAAUGGAUUUAUAAUCCGAGUUGUCUUCCAAAUUAAGUGAAAAAAACGGAUAUUCUAAAAAAAAAAAAAAAACCAAAUUUAAAAUCUGCCUUGGUCUGACAUCAAAAUAUUACUAUAUUAGUAUUCAGUUAUGAUGGACUUAGUAAAUUAUUGUAUUGGGAAAAAUGGAAUCGGAAAAUAGAUACCUAACCGUGCCGAAGCUAUAAUAUAAUAGGUAUAUGCGUUUUAAUAAAUGCAUAUUUUUCCCUACUUACAUAAUUAUCUUGUUCCCUAUUUAUAUUGGUAUACUUUAACUCGUACCUUUAUGUCAAUAAUAUGUAAUAAUAAUAUGUAUUGAACAAACAUUUUUAAUUUUGUUUAGUGAAAAUCGGUCGUCGUAUACGUGUAUAACUAUUAUGUUAAUUGUCUAAUUAGAAUUGUUAAAACAAUGCGUGUAAUUUUUUUCCUGAAAUGCAUUGGUGCAUGGUAGGUUUACUUACCUAUAAUAUUAUAUAGGCAAAAUAAUAUCUGUAAUAUUAUAUAGUUGUUUUAUAAGUUGUGUAUAUUAUUUACAAAACAUAAUAAUAAUUGUAUAGUGAACUUUUUACAGUGUUAUUCUAAAUUAUGAACCGGGAAAAAAUUAAUUAUUUUUGUUUUUUAAUAAUUAUAUUUUUUCAAUGACAUAUUUAUAUAUUUGAUUUUAAUUAUAAUUAUACGCAUUAUGCGUGUAUCAUUGAUUUUUCAAAUAGACUAUACAUAUAUAUGUAAUAAAUUUGUUAUAAAAUCAAUAGUUACCUAGGCAUAUAUUAUUAUGUUACAGUUAUUGGAAGUAUAGUUUAUUUUUUAGUAUAACUUGGUAAAUCUUUUUUUUAGUUCAUUUUUUUUUAUUUUAAAACUAGACGAUAUUAUAAUUGUAUGGUUUCCUCGAUACAAAUUUCAAAAUAGUGUACUAUUACCAACGAAUCACGAUAAAAUAUAAAACUUAUUUUCACAGAUGUAAAUACGAUUAUUGGUUCUGUUUGGCUGGUUAUAAUUACAAUUACAAUUGUAUCUAUUAUUGAUAUGUAUGCAUAAACCUUGACGUGUGUGUGUCACAGUAUAGACUCGUUUUAUCCACUAUAGACAAUAUAGUGUAUAAAAUUGUAAUAUACAGGCUGUCCCACGAAGUUAUACCCCCUGAAUAUCGCCAGAAAUAAUAAAGAUAAUCAAAUUUUGUUUUUUUUUUUUUUUUUAAAUAUUACUUACAGGGACUACAAAUAUUUAUAUUUGAAUCCCAUUUUUUUUUUAAAUUUAAAAAUAACUAAUUUAUUAUUUUCGGAAAAUUUUAAACGACUGUAACUUAGAAACUAUUCAUUGGAUAUAAAUGUGUGAUACAUUACAAUUUUCAGAAAAAUAAAUUCUAUAGAAUGGCUAUCUUAAAAUUUUCUGAAAAUAAUAAAAUAAAAUAAUUUUUUAAAUUUAAAAAAAAAAAAAUGAAUUUGCUUAUCUUUAUUAUCUCCGGAGAUAUUCAAGAGGUUUAUCUUCGUGGGACAGCCUGUAUAAUUUUAUUAUAAACUACAUCAUGCAGGGUUCGGAAUUGUAGCAUUUACUUACUUUUUUGGCUUCAAAUUAAAAAUCUGGCUGAUUGCUCUCGAUUUUGAUGUCAUGUUACGAGUUCAACUAAUAUGGAUGGGUACUUAAUAUGAAACACCAAAGUGUUGUUUUUUUUUUAAUAUUUUUUAAGUGGUUUUUUUAGGGCUUAUAAUGACUAUUUUAAUUUCUUUUUGUUGAUUUCAAGUUCUGAACCCUGAUUUUAAAUAACUAAAGCAUACCACACCAAACAACUUUUCGACCAGAAAUCUUUCUACUAUCAUGAAAAUCAUGAGUGCUUUCGGAUAUCUAAUUUUGUCUAGUUUGUAUUUUGAAGUCAUUGAUUUUCCUUGUAGUUUUUUUUUAAUAAUUGGAAAACAACGGGAAUAUUUACGCAAUAGUGGUUUCUGUUGUCUGAAAAAUUCACGUAUAUUAGCAUUAACACUAUCAAGAUAUUGUAUAAUUUCCGAAAUAUUUUGGUGUUUAUUGAAUUAUUUAUACCUAUUUGACAUCGUCUAGUUAUUUUUAGUAAUUAUUUUGUUUUAUCUGGAUAUAAUUGUAUUGGAAUAGUAAACAUCGGUACAAGGUUUGCCAUAAAUUGUAGUAAUUUUUUUUUUUUUUUUUUUUUAAAAAAAAAGUUAAGAGUAUAAGUACAUAAGUGUUUUAAAUUUACUGUGCCAGUAACGAUAGUUUAGGAAUUUUUGUCAUGGAGGAGAUAUCGAUUUUAAAAUCGUAUCAUACUGUGUAUCGCUUAAAGAAUUUAUAUAAAAAGAAAGACAACUUCGCACGAUGGGUGGGCGACUGUUGUCGGUGAGAAGUUAGGAUGGUAGAGGAGAAAUUUAAUGUAUAUCUUUAUGCAACGAUUAACCAUUGCUAACGAAAAACGAUUCUGAACGGAGUUCGGUUAAUACUGUUGUUUUGUCAACAAUAGAAUAUAUAUCAUAUUAUGGUAAAAUAAUUACAUAUGCAUUGUAUAUUUUGUUUAAUAAUAUUUGUUUAAUAUUGUAGCUAUUUUCCCGUUUUUCAUACGUUUUAUCCCGGUUUUCUCAUUUAUUAUGAAAAAAACUAGGAAAGUUUUGAAAAUGAUAUUAAGUUAAUGCUUGAAUCGGGUGAGCGCUUGGGCCAUCUUACGUUACUUCUCAGAAAGACGAGACGCGUCUUUCGGGAACAUCUGAACAUCAAAAGUAGUAGGAUGAAUUCUCUGUGUUUAUCUGUUUGUAUAUAUCUGUGUAUAAUAUUUGAAGAUCGAGUCGACAAAAGUGUGACAACUAUUUUUUUUUCACAAUGGCAUCAGUGCAAUAACAUUUUCCACAAUUAUAGCGGUAAAUUAUUAUUGAAUCCUAUCGCUGUUUUUGCAUUUUUAUUUGUAUGUAUUGACAAAUGACAAUAUGUAUAAUAUAUGAUAUGGCGUGUGUUGUUUAGUAAAAUUUUUAACAUUAUAGGUUUAUAACCAUAAUUAAAAUUAAAACGUUAAUUGGGUUUAUCUGCAUCCAGAAAGGUUAAAAUAUCAAUAAUUAAUAUGUAUUAUUGUUAUUGGUUUUCACAGUUAAAAGGAAGCAUCGACGAAACAAACAGUACCGUAGAAAUAGUCGAUAAAUUUAACAACUAUCAAAUAUACCCUCGUAUUAUCAGUAUUGUUUCGAAAGAUUAUUUUAAAUUUUUUAAGGUAAGCGAAUGUUAGUUGUUUUUAAGACCUUGACUUUAAAUUUUUGUUUGUAUCAUUUUUUAGGUAAAUUUACGGAGGACUUGUCCAUUUUGGUCAGAUGAUAGCAAGUGUGCAAUGAGACAUUGCCAAGUGGAAUCCUGCCAGUUGGUAAAUAUAAUAAUUAAUAUUAUCUGGAUUACUUAUAUUUAGUGCACUGUAGAUUCAAAAUAAUUUAAAUUUGCAAUAAAAAAAAUAGUUUUUAUAAUAUUGUACUAAGGUAGUAAAGUAGGAUGUAAACAAAUGUAAAAUAAUAAUAAAGUAUCCUAUUUUCUAUAUGUAUUAAGAGUAUUUUUAUUAAACAAAUUCAUAAUUAAUUUGUUUGUGUAAUAUUCAAGCAAUGUAUCAUAUGUUUCUUAAUUCAUCUAUGAUUUUUUUUUAGUUGUAGGCCUUUAAGAACAAACUGACAAACAUAUUUCCGGCUAUUUAACACUAUUUCUUGCCUAGGUUUGCUUUUCUGUAUUUGAUUCUGUAAGCUCCACAUCUAAUCUCACUUAGUUUUCCUAUCUCAGUCUAGGGCGUCCUGUUGGUAUUUUUACUGUAGGAUUAUUGUGUAGUUCCAGGUGUAUGAACAAAUCUUCUUUGCGCUAAGCUUGACCUAGCAAGCUGACUAUGCUAAGACACCUAUAAAGUUCUUUAAUUUCAUAAAUUUUUCGGAUUCUCUGCUUUCUGGGGCUAAUGUCUAGAUACGGGCUAAAUAUUUUUUUUAAAACUUUUGUUUUGAAUACUAGUAGGUUAUUUAUCUAAGUUUGGUGCAUUGUCCAAGUUUCACUUCCAUACAUUACUUCCAUAGGUCUUACUAGUGAUUGAUAAAGUUAAAGCUUUAGGCGUUUGGAUAGUAAUGCAUGACCCCAUAUAAGAAUUCUUGUACUCUUUGAAAUUUAUGUUCUUAAUUGAUAAUAUGCAAAUCACAAUAUAUUAUUUUAGUUUCUAAGGCUAUGAUUAAAAUAUGUAUUUUGCUAUUUUUAACAUUUUGUAAAAACAUAGUAAUUAAUAAUACACAAUCUUCCUGGUCUUCUUUACAUUGUAUACAUUGUUAUUAUACUGUAUUAUUUUUUGCAGGAUGAUUUACCGAUUGGUCUUAAAGGUAGUCGUAAUGGUUUAGUGGCUGAAGAUAUGUCAAUAAAAGUGAGUAUCUAAUAUAUUGUGUUAAAAUAUUUUAAUUAAUAUUUCAGUAAAUUAUGUAAAAUAUAUUUAUGUAGCUUCCUAUCCUUGCUCAGAAUUUAUAAUGAAUAUUUUCAAAUAUGCUUUCCUAUUACUGUGUUUCCUAGUACGGCUGUCACUGCUGUUCCUGUGCACCAAUUUGGACUCAGUUAUUCACUAGGAAAAUCAUUUACGUAAUCCAUUCCACAUAUUCCUUUGUUUAAAAACACUCAGUGCAUUUUAUUUUUUUUCUAUUUGUAUUUUAAUGAUAAAAUUAUAAUAUAAUUUUUUCUCUGUAUAGUUUAUGGAAGGACCUCAACAACAAGAAUGUGAAGAAGCAUUACAAGAUGAUUUGGGUUACAUUAAUACAACCAUAAGGUUAGUGGCAUAUAAUAUGCAGUAAUAUAGUUAUCAUUUACCAUAAGGGAAAAUGUUUCGGGGUGUCAAAUUUGGUUGGUAGUGUAAUUUAAUCCCCCAUCUCUUGGAAACCAACACAAAUAUGUGUAUUAUUUGAAUUUGCACCAAGACACUUUAACCCUACCUCAGCGCUAAUAAUAUUAAAUAAUAUUUAAAAAUUAAAUGUUGUUUAUUACUUGCAUUUAUGUUUAAAUUUCAUUUUUAUUUGAUAUUUAGAAAUAAUAACACACGGGUUAAGACAAAAUGUAUAUAGUCUAAAAUCUAUUAAAUACAGUGUUUGAAUUGGAGGGAAUGGCGGGCCAGAGAUAUUCUAUUUAAUUUUCUUUUUUUAGCCAACUCCCUUAUUUUACUAUUCAACACCAGUACAACAGUAUGUUCGUCUUUUUAUUUAAUAUUUGUUAUAAAUAUUUAUUUUAUUUAAAAAAAAAAAAGAAUUGCAAAUAUUGAUAUAAUAAGCUUACAUAAAAUAGCAAUCAUUUGGUAUAUCCAAUUUGUAUCUUUGACUUUACAGACUACUUUUUUUCUUAUUAGUUAUUAUCAUUAAUUUCAUACUAAUAUGUCUUGGAAUAUCAAGAUGCUGUAGUGAUGUAUAACAACGUCAUAUAAUAGAUAUAAAUAAUAAACUUUUUUAUUAUCUAUAUCUGUAAGCAACACCAACACAUUUUUGAUUUACUGUUGGAUAACAUCUUCAAUAAAGAAUAAGAAAAAACUGGCAACUGAAGAAAACUGUUCAUGUUAGGGAUUCAUCAAAGGAAUGAAGGUAGUUGAAAAAAGUCCAUACGAUUCACUAUAGAAUCUAAUAAUAGAUUAAAAUAUGAUUAAACAUAUAUAUAUAUAUAUAUAUAUAUAUUUAUGUUUUAUAAUUUCAUUCAGUUCUUGCAUGUUAAUUAGGUACUAUUUAGUUUUAUUAAAACAACUGUAAGAAAAUUCUUUUUUUAAAUUUUAUUUAUAUAUUUAUAAUUUGAUUAUAGCCCUGAUUCAAAUUAAUUUUUACAUUUAUAAAAAGAUUUGUUUUAAUAUAGUUUUCAGAAUUUUGAACGUAGUAUUGUUUUAUUUUAAUUCUAUAUUUGAUGGUAAAAUUAUGGGAUGUGCAGGAUAAAGUUCCUCGCGGAUCACUUUUCCUACCACGUAUUUAAAUGCUAAUUUCAAAAUUAAACCUAGAAUCUCCUUUAUUAAUUUUUUUCCAAUUCAACCACUGAUUAAAUAUGAACAUGUCCAUAAUUUUAGUCUAUAGUACACAAGUGUUGAUAGGUUUUAUAACCUUUAUGAGGUUCCAUUUGUUAGGUAAAUGUUAAUUAAAAUUAAUUCUAUUGUCACAAUUCUUUACAGAAACAUUUCAAUAGACAAACAGAUUUGAUAAAUCCAAAUAAUAAAAUAUGGACAAUACUUAUAUCUGUUAAUUAUAUAUAUUUUUUAAUUUAAUAAGUAGUCUCAGUGAAAAAGUGGAUUUAUUUUAGCUGAAUCAAGUGUUGUGCGAUUGCAGUCUAUUAAAACUCCUUACAUGUUGAAGUAGAUUUCAUAAGCCAUAUUAUUAAAUAAUUAAUUUAUUACCACUAGCCAUUUUUAAGCUUUAAACUGUUUUGCCAAUGUUUUUUAGUAAAUAAUAAUAAUAAUAAUGUACAUGUAUACAUCUUUAUUUUUUACAUACUAUUGAAACACUGAGCUUGAUAUGAAACCUAAAUAUGUAAUAUUUGCCACCUUUUUCAAACAGAGUCAAUCCUAUCUACAAAAAGGACAAUUCCACUCAUAAGUAUGAAAUAACUAGAUUAUAACAUUUAAAAUUGAGUUAAAUUAAAAACAGUUAUAACAUAAAAACUUAAGAAUUCUUGAGCUAAUUAGGUUAAUAAAAAUUUAUUUUUUGUAAAUGUUUAAAGCAUCAAUUUUUUAAAAAAUCUUAAUAAUUACAUUUCAAAGUAUAUUUAGCGAAACUCUUUUUAGAAUCAUUUUUGUUAGCAACAAUUAAUCUUUGCGUACAGAUAUAAAUUGUACACCCUAUGUACCCUCCGGCCUCCUUUCCCAACUUUCCUCCUAUAACAUUGGCCUAUCUAUGAGCAGCAUCUUUUAUGAGGAACUUAAAGAUAGACUAUGUAUAAAAUACCUGCAAUAUGCUGGCUUUUUUUUAUUUGUUCUGGGUUUAUUCAUUAUUGUGUUUAUAUUUUCUGAACUUCACCUCAAAUCUGUAUUUCCUUAAUUCUUUAAUAAAACAAUACCCAAGUAACAUAAAUAAGCUUUGUUUAAUAUUUAGUUUUACAACUAUUGAGCUAAAUUUCUAAAUUUGACAAAAAGCUGAUUUUUAUUUUAUUAUGGAAUUUGUGCAUGAAUAUAUCUGUUUAAUAUUUUUAUAUUUGAUGAUUUUUUUUAUUUAAUAAAAGUCCAAACUGUAAUAAAUAAUUAUUAGAGGUUAAUGUGCAAUUGAUUUUAAAUUUUUUUUUUUUUUGUACAUAGUGUAUAGCUAUUAUUAAAGGUUUUUGCCAUAUUCAUGAUAUGCACACAAUUUAUUGUUCAUAAUUAUUUCUGUGGUGGUUAGAAACGGAUGCAUAAUACAGAACAUUAUUCAUUUAAAUCAGUGAUUCCCAUUGUUGGGUGCGUUACUACACCCUUGUGGACUUUUUUAAUUUUGAUGAUUUAAAUUUUAAAUCAUUGAAUUAAAUUGAUUGAAUAAUAAUUUUUUAUAAUUAUACUUAGUAACAAUAAUUAUUAUUUACAUAUUCAUUACAACUAUUUCCAUAAAUAUUUUUAGUUUGUUUAAAUAAUUUUAUUGUAUUUAGUGCUGCGGCCAUGGAAGAUUUUGCUCUUUGGCAAGCUCAUGACGAUUUACAAGAUAUGUACUGCACUUUACCUGAUGAUGAUGGUGAGGCUGAGUACGUUGAUUUGUCAUUAAAUCCAGAACGAUACACAGGAUACAAAGGACCUUCAGCUAAUCGUGUUUGGAAUACAAUUUACAUGGAAAACUGUUUUAGGUGAAUAUUAACUGUUGAUUAACUUAGAUUGAAAUUUGUAGUACAAAUAUACAAUUUAUACAAAUUAAUUUAUUAUUACACAAAUUUUGUUCUAGACCAAAAAAUUUAUUUGAAGUUUACAUUAUAUCAGCAAAGUUGACUGGUAAUUAUUCUUUAAUUAUUUUCAUUCAUCUAUUUAAAAAACAAAUAAAUUGCAGGAAUGUGUUUGGAGAAGCGAGCAUUUUACCGUGCUAUUUCUGGUCUUCAUGCGAGUAUCAAUAUCCAUCUUAGUGCUCAAUAUCUAUUAUCAGGUAACAUAAAUUAAUAUUUACUCGGUUCGUUUUUAAAUAUGUAUAUUGUUUAUUCUCCUACUAGAUAAGGGAUCCACCUUUUUGAACCCCUGUGGCACUGGUUUCUGGGGCCCAAAUGCUGAAGAGUUUGAGCGAAAGUUUGGCCCAAAGUCCACUAAAGGAGAGGGAACACAGUGGCUAAGAAAUUUAUAUUUCUUAUUCCUUGUUGAACUGAGAGCUUUACAAAAAGCUGCACCUUUACUUGAACAAGUCAAAUAUUAUACUGGAAAUGAUAAAGAGGAUGAAGCCACUCGACUUGCUGUUAAUAAUUUUUUAGAGAUUAUCAAGUUAGUUAGCUAAAUUCUUUGGUUUGAAUUUGAAAAUUGUUUUAAUUACGCAUGUUUGCAGGAAAUUUCCACAACAGUUUAAUGAGCAAACUAUGUUUUUGGGCGGACAACAGGCACAAAAAUUAAAAGAAGAGUUCCGUCUUCAUUUCCGUAAUGUAUCAACAAUUAUGGAUUGUGUGGGCUGUGAUAAAUGUAGACUCUGGGGUAAACUACAAGUUCAAGGAUUAGGAACUGCGCUGAAAAUAUUAUUUUCGAACAAAGCGCGGACAAAUGUAUCUAAUGAAUUAUCUACCACUUACAAUAAGCACUCAUUACAAUUAGAACGUAGUGAAAUUGUUGCACUUUUUAAUGCUUUUGGAAGGUGAGUGAAAAAAAGUUUUAUUGAAAUUUUAUUAGUCAAAGUCUAAAACUGUUCAAGUUUAUUUUCAAAUUAAUUUUUAAGUAAUAAUUUAAUACUUUAUUUUUACAGAAAACUUAAUGAUUUAUGAUUUUAAAGUUUUUAAGUACAUUUAACUUUUCGUGUAUAUAUUUGUAUACUAUUUUUCAAAUGAGAAUUUACAUUGGGCGCCAGACCGGUUAAAUUCGCAAAAAUUUCCUGCAUUACGCAUUUUGAUAUUAAAGUGUAAAAAAAAAUAAAUGUUUUGUAGAGUGUGAUAGUAUAAUACAGUAGAUAAUACAAAUAUAAAAAUAAAUAGGCAUAAUACAUUGUCAAUAAUUUAAUUAAUUUAAUUCUCUAUAUGUACGGCGGAGUCGAUAGUAGCUAACCAAUGGCAAUCAAUAUAAUACUUAUUCUGUGGGAAUGGAGUGUUGUUCCAUCGCCAAUAACGAUGUUCUAUGUGGUGCACUCUCAUUUGAAAAUUAGUAUGGUAUAUAAUAAAUACAAUUUCUGGUCACAUUUUUAAUGUAUACGUAUUGAACCUGUUUAAACAUUUUUAAAAUUAUUGUAUUUUUAUUGGCAUUUACAGUAUAAGAAUUAUAUCCCUAUCACACUUUAUUCCCUCUUAUCAUAAUUAAAUCAUUACUUGAAAUGCCUAUCGUUCAACUAUUUUCAACUGGUUUUUUGCCUUUGUUGGUCAUAUACUUAAUAUUGAACAUCCCAGGUAACAUUAUGACACUAUUUCUUUGAAACUAAAUCUAUUUUCACUUGAAGCUAGACGCGAUUAACUUAAAAUUAAUUUGAGGUUUUAUAAUCUUAGAAUACUUAGAUAAAUUUCAAAAACCACAACAGAACCACCUGAUCAAAUGAUAUUUUCUAUAUAUCUACUCGAUCAAUAAAUUUGUGUAUACAUGACCCAUUAUAGAUAUGAAGACUCUGAAUUCUAAUACUAAUUUUAUUGACUUCUUCCAAUGAUUUUUAUUUAUUGUUGUAUUUAUAAUAUUUAUUGUUAACAAUAACUAGACAUUUAUAUAUUUUAUUUGUAUCAGUUGUAAAACAUUUCUAUUUUUUCCACUUUAUUAUUAUAUUCUUUUAAAGUUAAUUUUAUUAUUUAAGUUAUACAAUGUGUUAGGUUUAUUAAAUUAAUAAAAAAAAUAAUAAUCAAUCACAACUACAUUUUCAAAAAAUUAAGUAAACAAUAAAAUUUGCCAUUAAAAACAAAUAUAUAUAUAUCAUGGUAUUUAGUUGAAUAAACAAAUUUAAUAAAAACUCAAAAGUGGAAGGUGUAAAAUAUAUAAAUUACGGAAUGCUUUAAAACUUUUACCUCAUUUAAAAAAGGUUUAUCAUUAGACAAGGUUAAAACAAAUUGAAAAUAAUGAAAUCUCCAUAUACUUUCCCAUUCUUUCUAAAUUUCUUCCUGGUUUUAUAUGGAAAAUCAAAACAUAACACUCUUACUCCUCAACUAAAUCUAAAAUGCAAUAAAAAAGGUCUCUUGGAAUUUUUUGAUUGAAGUUUUCUGGUAGAAAAAUUGUUUUCAUAUAGAAAAAAAAGCAUGCAUCACAGUAAUAAAAUGUUGAAACUAAGGAGAAAAAUUAACAACAAUUUGUUUAUAUUCGUUACAAAGUGUAUAAACUUUAAAAGAACACAGAAAUACUAACACCAAUAACCCAUUAAACAUACUUCAAAUUUGGAGAAAAUGGUUAGUUUACAAUAAACAAAAAUUAUGUAUCCCAUCUCUAUUAUCUACUGUUUAUAUAUGUGUAAGAUUUAUUUUAAUUAUAAUUUUAUUUUAGGUUGUCAACAAGUAUAUAUGAAAUAGAAAAAUUUCGAAAAAUUCUUAGGUGAACAUAUUGGAAUAAAACAAGAAAAACAUCACCACUAAUUCUGAUUAACUACAAAUGUAUAUGUAUAACAAGUAUGCUACACUGUAUUGACUACAUUCCCUCUCCCACUUAUUUAUUUUUAUGUUUUAUAUAACAGAAAGUAUGUGAUUUGUUAAUCAAUUUACAGUAUGUUUAUAUAUUUACUAUAUACUAUAUUAUCUAAUAAUUAUGGAUAAAACUCCUUUUGGUGGUAUUGUUUUAUCGAUUUUAUAAUUGGUUGUAGGUACCAACAAAGUUAUGAAAAAUUAGUUUUUAAAUGCUCUCUAUAUAGAACUUAUAAAACUAUGAAGUGUAUUAUUAAUUUAUUAAAGAUAGCCAAUAUUUUUUUAGUCUAAUAAAUAAGUUAUACCUGCAAUAGUCUAGUCCUUUUAGUAUAUUUAAUUUUUUUUAAUGUCCGUUAUCUAUUUGUUUGUGUCAAAUUCUGUAAACUAACGUCCUCAUAAUUGUUACUUUUAUUUUUAAUUUUAUUUUUACAAUGUUAUAUUAUUUGUGUUAUUUAAGAUUUAAUCUCAAAUUUAGUAUUACUAAAUUAAUUAAUCAUUGUAUGCACAAAUUAUUUUUAUUUAUAUUCAUAUUAUGGUGCGAGGUCAUUAUUUAUUUAAUAUUUAAAUGUAUACUAACAUAUAUGUGUAUUAUAUUGUCAUUCCAAAAAUAAUUGAAAAUGUUCAACAUAUUUGACAAAAUGGUAUAAUAAUAUUAUGGAUUAUAUAAAAGAAAAAAAAUAGUAUCUACUGUGAUAUGGUAUGAAAGGUCUGAACAAAUUAACCAUAAUAAUUUAUUAUGUUUAGUCUAGUUUUGUAUGGAUGUUGUAUCUUGUUUAUUUAUGUAUGUGUGUGUGUGUUAUGUAUGUAUUUAUUUAUUUAUUUAUUUAAUAUUUUUAAAAAGUUUAUAAGCUAAUAACUAUUUAUUUCUGAUACAAUUAAAUACUAAAUACUGUUAAAUAUAAUACAAAAAUAUUAUUAUUGUUGUUUUUAUCAAAUAUAUAAUACAGAAUACAGAUUAUUGAUUAUUAUUAUUUUAAGUCUAUUUUAUGUUUAAAAUAUUUUACCAAACAAAUAGUUAAAUUACAUUUUAGUAGAUAUUUUGUAUGUACUAGGUUCUUGAAUAUAAUUCAAUUUCAGUUAUCUCAGCAUUAACAACUUAUUGGAUUAAACAAAAAGGAGGCAUAUGUUUGCUAACAACCUAAAGCUCAAACUUAAUUAGAACACUUAUCAAACACAAAAGUAUUCAUUGGGGCUCUUCAAGGCCCAAUAUUUAUAAAAUAUUGUCAUUGAACUACUGGCUGUUUUUUGUUGGGAGAUUAAAUAUAUAUAAAUAUUAUUGUUACACUUCAGUUGACUAUUGCAGACUGCAGUAAACUAACAAGAUAUAAUAUUUAACUAUCAAUAAUUUAGGGUCCUAUCACUGGAUAGCUUCCCUUCUAAUUGUCCCUUCCCGUCAUAAAUUGUUCUCAUAUAUUUGCUUAUUGUAUUUGUUUUAUUUAUGUACAGAUUGUAAAUGUCAUAUAUUUUUUUUUUUAUAAAAAAAAAAAAAAAAAACUAUCAAUAAUUGUGUGAGCGAGUAUAUGUAUACACCAAUUAC